AUGGACAUGGAAGCCAUAAAAAUGCUGUUGCUGUCAUCGGGCCAAGAAGAUGCCAGCGAGUACCAGUACGACUCCAACUGGAGGUCCGAUUGCAAAUUACGAUUCACCCAGAAGAGCUGCAGUGAUAGUCGCAGUGCGAGAAAAAAGAAAGUUAUUGGAGCCGGUUGUGGCCACCUGUUGUCGCCUCUGUCGCCUCUGUCGCCCCUCGCCGCUGCACUUUGCAUACUGAUCUUCCAGCUGGUGCUCACUCCUCCAGUCAGCUCCAUGUCGCCGGCCAACGAGACCGCCUGGCCACCCAUGCGGCAUUACGAUAUCUGGGACGACCACUUGGGCGAGCCAGGUGAUCUCGAGGAGGAGUCCCUGGCCGAGGAGGCGGACUUUAAGCUCCAAAACGGAAUACAGGAGGAACUGGAACUGGAACUGGAAAUGGACAUGGACAUGGAGAGGCAGCAGCAGGAUAUCUCUGAUCGGAGUUUCAACCAGACGAACACCAGGCAGGGAAAAGUGAUUCACCUGUUCCCGGUUCCCGUGGAUGGCGACUGCAUGUCCAACGAUGGUCGGCGGAUGGGCAACUGCCUGAAUGCCUACGAGUGCCGCCAGAAGGACGGACAGGCGAAGGGAGAGUGCGCCAUGGGCUUCGGGGUGUGCUGUGUGUUCCUGGCCAGCUGCAACAGCACGAUCGCCAACAACAUCACCUACAUCGUCUCGCCGGGAUUCCCCAGUUUUAUGCCCAGCAACUUCAGUGGCUGCAGUCUGCGGGUGAAGAUGAUGAGCGAUGAUAUCAGCCAGGUGCGCAUUGACUUCCAUCACUUCACAUUGGGCCAGCCGAAUCGAAGGACUGGCGUGUGCGAAGGAGAUGUCUUCAGCGUAGGCGGAGGACCAGGGGGAAAAUUCACCCUCUGCGGGCAGAACAGUGGGCAGCAUUUAUACUACGACGUGGGAGCCAGAGCUUCGCCAAGACAAUCCACUUUGUAUGGGAGUCUGCGGCCUGUGGAUGCGGUUAAUAGCACUGGAAACUCCUCAUCCACCGGAGAUCGCUUCAUCGACAUCAGUCUCAAUCUGUCCAGUCGCCUGCUGCCCCUUCGCCUUUGGGAGAUGAGCGUGGUGCAGAUCCCUUUCAGCCAACGGGCUCCGGCGGGUUGUUUGCAAUAUCACACCGGAACGGAGGGCCUCAUGCAGACCUUUAAUUUCGCCGAAAACGGACGGCAUUUGGCCAAUCAGAACUAUAGGAUAUGUGUGCGUCAGGAGCGGGACAUGUGCUCGAUUAUGUAUCAGCCCUGCGAUGAGCAGUCCUUCCGGAUUGGCGGAGGCGGACGAAUGGUGACCAGAGGGGGUGAUAUUAUGGCAGAAUCAACGAUUCCAUCGAAUUCCGCUGCAGCCCAGUCGGAUGUUGCGGGUGCAACGACAGCAACAUCGGGCAAUGCAGCAAUGACCACGACAGCUCCAACUUCCAGUACCCUCAUGCAGAUGCUGGCUAACAUGGCCAAUUCCUCCACUGCCACGCUGAUGACCAUGAUGACAGGGAACUCAACUGCAGCAUCUUCCGCCGGAAGCAGCAGCAGUAGCAGUAGCAGCAGCAGCAGCACGGCUGCCAUGAGCACGACGACGACCACGUCAACCACUCCCACACCGCUGCGUUCCAGCACAGAGGCUUCAAGCACCUCGGCAGCAACCGCAUCCUCGCCAGCCAGCGACGACGUGGAGGGCUCAGGUGGCGACAAUGAUGAUGACGACGACGAUGGCGGGUUCCUCUUCUUCAGGAGUCGUCCCACCACAGAGGAACCGGGCGUCUCGAGGCGUCCACGUCCCAGUGGAGGCUUCGACAUAAUGGGCAUCAUUCGCAAUGCCCUCGACCUGCCGCUGAAGUGGCGACGGCGCCAGGCUCGCCAGUUCUUCAGCACCUGCGCCGAUCGCAUUACCAUGCCGUGCAUCAUCGAGGACUUCAUUGGAACCGGGCUGGGACCACUGCCGGGCUGCGAACCCGUCCAUUGUGGCGCCCAGUUCUGCUCAUCGGGCGUGUGGCCAUGUCGCAUCGAGAGCACAGUGACUCCUUUCUAUAUAGGCGUUCAUUUUGGCAACGGAAUGGGUGCAGGCAAGGCGAAUGCAGAGGACAAUGUGGGCGCCUGUCUCCGGUUUUCCCAGGUGCAGUGCAUGUAG